GCACGCUCCGAGCCAGGCAAACUCGUGGACGAAGUUGAGCCUUGGAAAUGCACCAUUAAGUUUGAGGCUUGGAAGCCACCUCGCCUUCUGCUCGGCUAGUUGAAUCACAUUGACUGCGCGGACCGACGGCCUCUUCCAGCCAGGACUCCGCUUGGACCAAGACGAAUCAUUAUACGACAGAGACAGACUGGAGAGGCUCUCGCAACGUUCAAAAAUGGACAACUACGCUACCUAUCCCAGUCUGCGUGGCAAGGUGGUCCUCAUCACCGGCGGGGCCGAGGGCAUCGGGGCGGCAGCAGUGGAACUGUUCUGCCGCCAGCAGUCCAAGGUCGUCUUCCUCGACAUUAGCGAGAGCUCGGCUUCCCAGCUGCAGAGCCGCAUCGCUCAGAUACCGGGCGCGACGCAGCCCGUCUUCAUGCACUGCGAUGUGACAGACCUGAAGCGGCUCAAGGAGUGCGCGGACGAGACGCUCAGCCGACACGGCGGCGUGGUCGACGUACUCAUCAACAACGCCGGCGCAGCUGGGGAGAAGGCGCGCGUGCCUACCGAGCAGGUCACCCCGUCCAGCUUCGACUUUGACGUGAGUGUCAACCUGCGCCACCAGUUCUUCCUCACCCAGGCCAUCGUGCCAGCCAUGCAGCGCCAGAAGAAGGGCAGCAUCAUCAACAUGGGCAGCAUCACCUGGCGGAUCCCGGCGACGAGGCUGCCCGUGUACACGCUGUGCAAGGCUGCCAUCGUGGGCCUGACGCGGACACACAGCAGGGAGUUUGGGAAGGACAAUGUCCGUGUCAACAGCAUCAUGCCGGGCGCCAUCGCAACCGAGAGGCAGAUUAAGGAGGUUCUCACCGCCGAGUACCGCGCGGAGGUUAUGGCUGCGCAGGCCCUAAAGAGAGACAUCAUACCCGAGGAAGUGGCCAGGGUAAUGCUGUUCCUGGCUGCGGAUGACUCGAGCGCCAUCACGGGGGCCAGCUAUGUUGUAGAUGCCGGUUGGGUUUCUGAUCCGUAGUUGAGCGAGAAGCGGUGACAUCGAGCUUUCAUAGACCGCGAUGGGGUCGUCCGUCACGGAUCUCUCAGCUAGCAAGAUUUGUUCACCACCACCACCACCACACUGAAGUGUUGCCACGACUUUAGUGUUGCCUACAUUCCCGCCCAGCAGAUAUAGUCACGCGAACUCGAUGCAAUUGCAGAUCCGUGGGAGAUGUUUGUUGUUGUUUUUAGGCGCCAAGAGUUCAUUGAUAUCCGUUUUCAAUGCCAUACAUGCAAAGCCCACGACG